AUGGAGCUUCAACUGGGUCUUGCUCUUCCAACCAAUACCGUUUUUGGUUUCGACUUAAAUAGCUACGUUUAUCAGCCUAAGCAAGUUUCUGGCUCCGGCCAACUCAACCACCACCGCCGCCGCCGAGCUAGCUGCUUUCAAUUGGACUCCUUCACUGAACCAUGUAGCAGUAGUACUGAUGAGUCUAUCAGCAGCAACAAGAACAAGAACAGUAAGCGUUCUAGAGAUGAUAUACCUCUAACUUUGCCUCUUUUGCUUUGGAAUAAUCCCCCAAAUGACGAUGAUGAUCAGGAUUCUCAACACAACGGAUCAUCUUUUGCCUUUAACAACAGAAAUGAGGAAGAAGAUAGUGAUGAUGGCAUUGUAGGAUGGCCACCAAUUAAGCACAGGAGAAAGAGAAUCCGUAGGAUGGAGAAUUAUCGGACGGUGGAGAAUGGUUGUGCAGAUUGUUACGGUAGGCAAUCAAAUUACGUGAAGGUGAAGAUGGAUGGAGUAGCUAUAGCCAGGAAAAUUGACUUAACUCUUUUUACUUCAUUUCAACAACUCAAACAAACAUUGUUUGCCAUGUUUGGAAUAUGUCAAGAAAAUUCAACUACCUUUAAAUUAGCUUAUCAAGACAGAGAAGGUGACUGGCUACUUGCUGAUGAUAUUUCUUGGAGGAGCUUCGUUCGGUCAGUUCAACGUCUCAAAUUGAUGAAGAACAACAAUGGGUGACUAAUUUUGAAAUAAUUAAUGGUUUUGGGUGGUCAAUUUUUGUGUUCUGUUUUUUUACCCCGCAUUUUACUCUAGUUUUCUCGACACAAACACGACCCGCCAAUCCAUUUUGACAGCCCUAUUUGUAUGCAUAGUAUGGAUUAAUAUUUGAUUAUCAAUAGAAUUAUAUAGAAAUUAAUAGCAAUGUAUUUAUAGUUUCUUUUUAAUCUUUUGUAACUACUUUUGAAUGGUAUAUUGCAACUGUCUGUCGACAUCUUUUAUUCUUU